GUAUGCACAAGAAGAAGACAAAGAUGAACAUGACUUACAAGAGUCACUGACCAGUAUGUAGCCAAAGUUGAAUGGAUGCAUAACAAGAAGACAAAGAGGAACAUGAGUUACAAGAGUCACUGGCCAUUACCUGAUGAUUAAUUCAUGUUAGAAACAAACAGAUCAGACUAAGUGACCCAUGUUCUUCUCACAUGUUCCCACGUCGUUUAACCCGAGAAUUCCUCUGUUCUUGAGCUUCUCCGUACUAUAUAUAACACGGUCAAGAACCUUAAUAGAGCAUCUCAACCAAAAUAUAGAGUUCUUAAAUAAUUAUUCAUGGAGGGUUUAGAUUCAGUUUUCCUAUCUGAUCGAACCACACACCAGCCGGUUCGAUCUGUGAGUCUUCCUACAAGAAUCCAUCCACUUUCUGUUAAACUCAGAGCAGCCUUGAACCGGCUCAGUAUCUGGAGGAGAUCCUCUUCCUCAGUCUCAGUUUCAGCUUCUUUCGGGUCCGAGACGCUUCUCGUUGGACUCGCGAACCUCACCGAGCUCUACGGCUGCGUCCACGAGCUACUCGAGUCUUCUUACGUGAGAAACACUCUUCGUCACCACCAUAAGGGGAAACUUCUAGAAGAUUCUUUAAAUGGAUCCAUUGUGUUGCUCGACGUGUGUGAGGCCGCAAGGGAGGUGAUUGUCACGAUGAGAGAGCACAUGAUGAAUCUCAAAUCAGCUCUUCGUAGGAAAGGUAGCGUAGAGAAGGAGGUUAGGGCAUAUGCUAACGUGAGGAAGAAGGCAAAGAAAGAAAUCUCCAAACACCUCAAUGGACUUAAGAAAAUGGAAACUAUAGAUAUUUCCCCAAAUAUAGAUCAAGAUCCAGCGGUAGCAUCUACGAGUGUUCUGAGAGAGACGAUCGAAAUCUCUGUCUCGAUUCUCAGGCAUCUUUUGUUGUUCCUAUCGACAACACCACCACCAUCACCACCUCCAGCAAGGAAAAUCAAGAACAUCAUUGGUCUUUUUCCAAUUCCUUUAGCAUCGAGGUCAUUGGCAGAUAGAUAUCUGGAUCUGAUAAAAGAAGUGAAAAGUCUUGACGAUGUCUUUUUGGGCUCUCUUGAGAAGAACAAGAGGAGAGAUAUUGUUGAAGAGAGCUUUGGUGAUCUGGAGGCAGAGCUGGACUCUGUUUUCAAGUGCUUAGUCAAGAACAGAUUAUUGUUCCUUAAUAUCCUAAGUAACUGUUGAGACCUGAGUCUUUUUUUUUUCUCUUUCUUUUUGUCAAUCAGAUGUAUACAUCUCUGUCCUCAAUCCUCAUGUUGUUUCUCUUGCAAGAAAAAAAACAAGAAUCUCAGUUUUGCACUAUUGUAAACCGGGAUUGA